AUGGCGGCCAUAUUCUCCUGGCUACCCGGCUUAUUUGUCUCUACAAUUUCGAGAAUAAUAUCAUCUGCGAAACUUUAUUUCCCUUUCAAUAAAUUCAACUUUUCGCGGCGAAGGCAAGAUUCCCUUUCACAGAAGGAUGUUUCUCUAGAAAGUGGUCUGUCUACACCACCGGUUACCAGUGAGAAAUAUCCAGAUUGGCAAGACCUAGACCGUUACCAAGAUGUCCUUGGCCAGCUACCAAUGCUUCAGGUCUAUGCCCACAUUCUUUAUUUAUUUCCACUUCCCGAGAAUGUACCACGUGAAGUGGUGUUGAGUGAUCUUUCGAUGGCAAUCGCCAGCGUUCGAAAAGCAGUACCCUGGAUGGGAGCCAAAGUGAUCAAUGAAGGCAGAUCGGAAAUCAACUCAGGGCUUUACAAACUGGCUGAGUGUAAUUCCGCUCUAUAUGAAAUCGAUGUCAGGGACUUGUCCAAUGAUGAGACAUGUCCACCAUACCAAGAUCUGAAGAAUCGCAAAGCACCUAUUUCAAUGUUGGAUUCCGACAAGUUCACAUCAGUACCUGGAUUUCCCGUCCGAUUUGAAGAUUCCGAAAAAGAUCCUUCACGAGUGCUUCGACUCAAUGCUACGUUCAUCAAGGGCGGUUUGGUAAUCGAUUUCUUAAUUCACCACAACACUGCUGAUGCUGGCGGACAUUUCGGUUCUAUCAAGAUGAUUGCAAUGGCUAUGCGUAAAGAAGAAUUUCCAGAAGGGUUAUUGGAGCAUGCAAACCGUGAUCGAAGGAAUCUCUUUCCGUUGCUGGGCCCCAAGGAGCCAAUGCUGGAUCACAGCAGUCAUCUUCGACCGCCAAUUACCUCCGCUGCGCCUUUAGUGGCGUCCGACCCAAUUGCUGCCAAGUAUCAUGUGAUAAGGUUUAGUGCACAGAAACUCGAUAUGUUAAAAGACAUAGCGAGCAAAGACCUAGAUCCCGAUGUACCUUUCAUUUCCACUGACGAUGCAUUAAGCGCCCUAUGUUGGAAACAUUUUACCCUCGCACGCGCUCAUAAAUUCAGUCCUCAGACAAAGUCGCGUUUUGCACGAGCCGUGGACGGCCGUGCAGCAUUGAAAAUCUCAAAAGAUUAUAUGGGAGAUGUGAUCCAUAACGUUUCCACAUUCCUCACUUUCGAGCAACUCACUACCUGGUCGCUUUCACGCAUCGCGUCGCAUCUACGAAAACAUCUCAACGCCAAGAAUACGGCGUAUCACAUUCGCAGCUUUGCCACUUUUAUCGCGAAUACACCCGACAAGUCGACCAUUACAUACGGCGGGCAGUUCAACCCAGAGAUAGAUGUUGGCUGCUCCAGUGUACGCGGGCUAGGGAAGAUAUUGUUUCCGAGUUUCGGCAUCUUAGGUGAACCGGAAUUUGUUAGAAGACCCAAGCCUGGAGUCGCAUUUCCCGGUCUUCUAGUAUUCUUCCCUGGUAGUCCCAAUGGUGAUUGUGAUGUUUGGGUGUGUCUGCCUGAAGAUGAGAUUAGUACUUUAACGGAGAAGGAUGGCGAAUGGAGGAAGUGGGCCGAAUAUAUUGGUUGA